AUCAUAUAUUAAAUCAUAUUUAAAAUAACAAGAAGUAAAUAAAAAGGAAGCCUGAUUGUAUGUGUGGAGCUCCAUCUCGAUUCAAUUUCAACAACACUUACCCGCCACUUCGAACCAACAAAUGCAAACCCAACCUUCCAUUCAAUUCUCAAAAAGAUUACUCUACAAUCUGCUGGACAAACGGCCGCCAAUUUCUGAGCUCAAGAAAAUCCACGCCCAAAUCAUCAUAUCAUCACAAAAAUCCUUAACCGAUUCACUCAUCCACUGUUAUUUACGUACCAACAACGUUAAUGUUGCAAGAAUCUUGUUCAACAACUACCCUUUUCCUUCACCGCCAACUUUAGUGUGGAAUCUUGUGAUCAGAGCAUACUCGAAACUUCAAGGUUCUUUAGAAUCCGUUAAUCUUUUUCACCAAAUGCUUACUUUAGACCACCCAUUUUCUGCUGUCCCUGAUGAAUAUACUUUUACUUUUGUGAUCACUUCGUGUGCUCAUCAGAAGUCGAUUAUACACGGAGAAAUUAUUCAUGGGAUGGUGAAGAAAAAUGGGUAUUUGAUGAAUUUGUAUGUAGCAAAUUCUUUGAUAAAUGUGUAUGCCGUUUUUGCAAGGUUAGGUGAUGCGUAUAAAGUAUUUGAUGAAAUGCCUGAGGUAGACGUGUUCUCCUGGACUAGUUUACUCGGUGCGUACGUGAAUGGAGGGGAGAUGGGUGUAGCAAGCAAAUUUUUCGAGGAAAUGCCUGUGAAAAAUGAUGUUUCUUGGGCAGUUAUGAUUUCGGGGUGUGUAGGAUGUGGAAGGUAUGCUGAGGCCCUCAGGUAUUUUGGCGAGUUGGGAAAAAAUGAACAUAAUGUGAAGACGAACGAGGCUAUUGUUGUUUGUGCUCUAUCUGCUUGUGCUCAUCUUGGAGCCUUGGAUCGAGGGAGCUGGAUUCAUGGUUAUAUAGACAAGAAUGGUAUUUCGGAAACUUCAAACAUCAGGACUGCUCUCAUCGACAUGUAUGCAAAGUGUGGGAGGAUUGAUUGUGCAUAUCGAGUAUUUGAUAGGAUAUCUAAACCAGAUGUUCACAAUUAUACGAGUAUGAUAUCAGGUUUAUCUAUUCAUGGGCUUGGUGAGGACGCUAUACGCGUAUUCAAUCAAAUGUUGGUUGACAAAAUCAAGCCAAAUGAAGUGACCAUUCUGGGGGUUUUGAAUGGGUGUAGUCAUUCAGGUAUGGUGCAACAGGGCUUACUGAUUUUCUAUAACAUGGAGAACUCGUGGGGAAUUGUGCCCAAGAUUGAGCACUAUGGUUGUUUUGUUGAUUUACUUGGUCGUGCUCGCUACUUGGCAAAGGCAUUUGGAGUUGUCAAAAGCAUGUCUAUUGAUCCCGAUGUUGUUGUAUGGAGGGCUUUGCUUAGUGCUUGCAGAGUUCAUCGUAACACUUAUCUUGGCGAACGCAUAGUAAAUCAUAUAGGACAACUCGACUCUCAGAGUCAAAGAGGAGCUGAAAUCCUACUUUCCAACUUGUAUGCUUCUCUAGGCAAAUGGGAUAGCGUUUCUAUAGUAAGGCAUGAAAUGAGCAAGCAAAAGAACCAAUCAGAUAUUGGAUGUAGUUGGAUUGAGGUGAAUGGUUCUAUUCAUGAGUUUCGAGUUGCAGAUCAUCUCCAUCCACAGAUAAUCGAGAUUCGAGAGAAACUAAGUGAAAUAUUGAAAGGGGCUGGCUUGGUUGGUUAUGCUGCUAAUAUCAAUCAUGUUUCAUUUGAUUUAAGUGAUGAAGAGAAGGAGCAAGCAGUGGCUUGGCAUAGCGAGAAGCUAGCUAUUGCUUUUGCAUUCAUUAGCACCGCCCCUAAAACUUCCAUCCGAGUAGUGAAAAAUUUGAGAACUUGUGAGGAUUGCCAUAGUGCUCUCAAGGCCAUAUCCAAAGUUUACAAUAGACAAAUUAUUGUUAGAGACCGUUCUCGUUUCCAUACUUUCAGAGAUGGAAAGUGUUCAUGUAACGACUAUUGGUGAUGAUCAGUUGUCAAAAUAUUAACACAAGAAUUAUUAACUUCAUGUUACGACCAGAACCUACAUGCCAAGAGACAGUAUUCAUCGAAACUAAGCCCAUCUGAGCAUUCUUGGCAACUAUUAGUCAAAUAUCAGGCACCGAAACGAUGCCAAUCCGAGC